AGCACCUCGCAAUCUGGCGCACGCACGUGUGUCGUGUACGUACGUUGUCACAUGUUCUGCGAGUGGAAUUUGAGGUUAUAGUGUUCCGUGAUCUCGUUAUAUUUGUUUUUAUUGUUAUAUUGCAUUAUUAUAAUAUAUAUCCGAUGAUAUAUGUCAUAAGCGGCGAUAUUUUGAGUUAACUUUUUAAUUGAGCAUUAAACUUUUCUACGAAAUGGGACGUGUUCAGCGUAAAGGUACACUGAACGCCAAGAGCAAGAUCAACAACAAAUCUAAAUCAAUACAGAAAACACGUAAGCAGUUGCGUAAGGAGAAAAGGCAACGGAAGAAGAUGAGUAGAGCAGAGUAUUAUCAAAGGAAAAAGUCGAAAAAUCAGUCAGAAAAAACUUUGGCGUUAUCGAGAACUGGCGGUGAUAAGUCGACGGAAAUAAAAGAAAAAGAUGACACUAGACAAGUGCCGUCGACGCAGAAAACGCAGAAACGACAGAAGCCUAAAAAUACGAAGGAAGAAAGAAUGCAGAAGAAUGCGAAGAAGCAAAGGAUGGUACAGUUGAAGCGAGCCAAUCUAGAGGAGGACAAGACGAUUAAACAGCUGGAAAAGCAAUUGAAGUUGAACAAACGAAAGACCAAAUCUACUCCAAAAUCCUUCGUAUCAGAUGGAUUAGAUUAUCUCUUGGAUUUCUGUGAUUCCGAGAAUAGAAGUCACAUAGUUGAAACUGAGAAGCAAUUGUUAGAAACUGGAUUGAGUAGAGAAUUGGAAGAGGACUUGAACAUGGCUAUUGGUGAGGACGAUAUUGAGAAUAAACAUGAAAAACAUGAACAUGAUGAGGAAGAUAGUACAGAUGAUAAUGAAGAGUCUGAGCAAGAGUCAGAAAAUGAAAGUCUUUUGUCUGAUGAAAAUUUAAUUCAAGAUGAUAGUGAAGAAGAUUCUUUAGAAGAAACAAACAUCAAAGCUAAAAAGUGUGCAACAGAUGAGGAGGAUGAGACAGCGAAUGAAGAGUUGAAUCACAGUAACGCAUCAGAGCAGUCAGAUGAUAAUGAAGGCUUAUGGGAAGACAUUUAUGGCAGGCAAAGAGACAAAGAGGGCAAUAUUGUAUCAAAGAAAUAUGUACCACCUGCUGUACGCAUUACAAAUGAUAUUUCUUCUGAUAACGAAAAAGUUAGUAGAAUAAAAAAACAAAUGAAAGGUAUUUUAAACAGAUUGGCAGAACAAAAUAUGCAUACGAUUGCAAAUCAGGUAGAAGAAAUGUAUAUGUCAAACAGUCGUAACGAUAUGAAUGUAAUGUUAUCCAAACUGAUGAUGGAAAGUUUAAUUGCGCCAAUAUUAACUCCAGAUCGACUUAUCUGUGAACAUAUGAUGUUAAUUGCUAUACUACAUGCAAAUGUUGGUACAGAAGUUGGCGCACAUUUCUUGCUGACUGUUGUAAAAAAACUCCACCAUAUGUUGGAAGAAUCUCAUUGUGUUGAGAAUAAGGAAUUAGAUAACAUAAUACUUGUGCUUUCACAUCUCUAUAAUUUCAAGGUAUAUGGUCAUUGUCUCUUGUAUCAAAUAUUGGAGAAACUAGCAGCAAAAUUUACGGAGAAGGAAAUUGAACUGAUUUUAUUGAUUUUAAGAACAGUAGGUUUUCAAUUAAGAAAAGAUGAUCCAGUUGCUUUGAAGGAACUUGUAUUAAAUUUGCAACAAAAGGCAAAUAAUACUACUCUGGAAAGCUCAAGAGUUAAAUUUAUGUUAGAUAUAUUACUGGCAAUAAAAAAUAAUAAUAUGAGCAAAAUACCACAGUAUGAUCCAUUUCGGAUAGAACAUUUGAAGAAAAUUCUGAAGAAUUUUAUCCAUAAGGGCAAUAGUGUUACGCAGUUUAAUGUAACUUUAGAAGAUUUAGUAGAAGCGGAUGAAAGAGGAAAGUGGUGGAUAGUAGGAUCAGCCUGGUCCGGUCUUAAGGAUAUUGGUAAAUUGGAAAAAAAUUCAGAAGAUAAAAAACAAAGAUAUAGUGAAGAUAUUUUGGAGUUGGCACGAAAACAGAGAAUGAAUACUGAUGUUAGAAGAGAUAUCUUUUGCGUACUUAUGACAGCUGAAGAUUAUUUAGACGCGUUUGAAAAACUUCAUCAUCUUGGUUUAAAAAAUCAACAACAAAGAGAAGUGAUUUAUGUUAUCCUUAAUUGCUGCAUUCAAGAGAAAAAGUUUAAUCCUUAUUAUGGUGUAUUGGCGCAAAGGCUGUGUGAUUGUGACAGAAAAUAUCAGUUAACUAUACAAUAUGCAUUGUGGGAUAAAUUGAAGACAUUGGAUGAUUUAAAUACAAAACAGUUAACAAAUCUGGCAAAAUUUUUAACUCAUCUAUUCUUAGGCAAAGGUCUUCCUCUUUCCAUUUUAAAGGUGAUCCAGUUUACGGAAUUGGACAAAUUAACCAUGAGGCUUGUACGACAAAUCAUGCUGGGAAUAUUAUUACACGAGAAUGAGGAGGCCUGUUUAGAAGUGUUUGGAAAAAUAUCUUUGUCCCCAAAAUUGCAAACUUUCAGGGAAAGUCUUAGAUUAUUUAUAAGUCAUUUUCUUGUAAAAAAUAUUUGUGCUGCUGAAAACUUGCAAGAGCAUAGUGAACUAUUGAAGAAACGAGCAGAAUGGGUAGAUAAACUUUUAAGUACACGAGAGUCAAAACUUACAUUUUAACCGAUGUUUUUAUAAUAAUUAAUACAUAUAUAGAAUGUAUUUUUUUUAAAUUUAUAUAUGUAUUAUAAAAUGUAUUU